AUGACUGUAACACUAACUUUUGAGUUGAGCAAGGAAGAAAAGUAUCUUCUUUCUGGAAAUCCAGCAUGGAUAUACGUGCUUACUGACCGUAGUUGCUAUGUUCCAAGGUAUAGGGUGUUCGUAAGUUACUCUCCUAUAUCCACAAGUUAUUACGUGAGGUUCUUGUACCACGGGAAGGACAUUGGCCUGCCAAAGGACUUACUUUGUUCCAAUCGUAUCUUUGUUGGCAUCCCAGAAGAUACAACUUUAAAGCUCGUUGUUUUAGUCGAGGCAACGAUCAAGUAUAGAAGGGAGAAGAAUGAUGUGAUACUUUGUUUUGUCAAUAGUGCAAAAAAGUUUUGGAGGACAUAUGUGUAUGAUAAAUGCAAAACUUGUAACGAGAGUUGGGCUACCCUAAUAAAGACUUUGGCUCUUUGUCCAGACUAUAAAAGGGAAGAAGUAUCUAGAGGAAAGCUACAUGAGAUAAAUCCGAAAAUCUCCUCUAGGGAAAUUUGCCGUAUCAUAAGAUCAAGUAGAUUAGCCAGACAAAGCAUUUGGAGCAAGAUGGAGAAACUGCAAAGAGGCAUCUUUGCUAGAAUGAUGAUUUGGACUACAAGGGCAAAGAGAUUUAUCACUUCUUGGUUCAAUUACUUUUGGAACCGUUGCUAUAGUUUACUUUUUACGAAAUGA